AUGGAUGAGAUAUACCACAAGAUCGCCGAGUUCAAUCCUCGUCGUCUUAAACAUUCCCACGACAUCCUCUCCUUUAAGUGCAGCGAGCUCUGGUGUAAUGAUGCCACUGGAAUCGUCGAUUACCAUGAAGGAAUCGUCACUAUACCUGAUGUCGCGUCAUGGCUGGCCACAGAGACGAGAAAAGUACCAACUGGUUCAGAGUCGCUAAUUCUUCGCUUUGUCUGGCCCAAGUUCAUUCUUGACGAUAAUCGCGUUGAGCUACCUGAAGAUACCAAGGACCAAAUACUGGAAAAGUUCGGUCUUGGCCUCGCAUACAGCUACUUCUCGAGUUGCGUCGCUGGUGUCGCUGCGUUUCCUGGAGUCGUCAAACCUGAGGCCACCCAGCGAGCUUACAGUUUCUGUUACGCGCCCAAGCUCGCAUCUAUAUGGUCAUGUACCUGCUUUAAACCACCAGCUUCACGCCCUAGCGUCACUUAUGGUAUGAUCCUAGCUGGCGACAAAGAGCAGGAAAGCUUGAAGACGCUUCUCAAGAGCAGGAGCAAAUGGCAGCUCAACACUGCAAGCCAUGCACUGUUCCCUGCGUUCCUGUUUGCGUUUAUGUUUCACAGAGAAAUCGAGAUAACGCAGAACAAUAUGAAGCCGGGCAUUCAGCAGAUCGAGGCACGGACAGGAUAUUCUGAUUUCAAGACAAAGCGAAAACACAUCGCAGCCGGCGAGUUGGGCACUCUCAGUGCACAGAUGAGUGGAUUUGCAGUCCGCUUGGCGAGUACAGAACGGAAAGAUAGGACAGUGCAGAAACUGCUCGGAUUUGCUCAGGAACAACUGCGUUUGGGAGACAGUGCAACACCUGUGGCAGAUGAACUUAUGGAGCACCACAUCGGGGUUCUCCAGAGACGGCUCGAUAUGCAGGCUAUGGACCGAGAAUACACGUUGAAGCGAGUCCAAAUCCAAAUUGAUGUGCUGAACAACUUGAUAUCGGAAAACUACAGCCUAUCCAACUCAAUCAUCUCAAUAUCUACUCUUCGUGAUGCUGCUUCCAUGAAGACGUUGGCUUUUGUUACCAUGUUCUUCUUACCAGGCAGUUUUAUCUCUGCGCUUUUCUCUACUAACCUGUUCGACUGGGACAAUACCAAGGGACACGGCAUUGGGGUUCCGGCUACGCCACAGUUCCGGUUAUACUGGGCUAUUACGAUCCCGUUAACACUUGUCACGUUUAUUCUUUAUUUCAUAUGGGCCGAGUUUUCCAGCUUUGAUCGUAGCCAAAGGAGGGAGCGGAAGAGAUGGGGGUUUCCCAGGACUGAUAGCAUGGAAGCCGAAGAGCAGACAAGGUCUGCGUUGCAAGUGUUGAAAGAUCAGCGAGAGCGCAUGAACGAGGCGUAUGCCAUGGUCAAGAAAAGACAGUUUGUUUUUGGACGAGGCGAGAAAGACGAACAGAUGGAAAGAUAA